AUGGGACAACAACAAUCAGGCAUAAAUCCUAAUGAGCAAGCUGCAGCAGUAACAUUUUCAAAAGAUACCGAGAGUGUUGAAAUUAGUGAUAGAUUUUUAGUAACAUUCCCACUAGAACUUAAACAAUUAUUAAAUUUAAAGUUUUUAAAUUUAUCAAGAAAUAAAAUUACAAGAUUAGAUGGUAUUUCAAAUAUUUUAAAACUUGAAGAUUUAGAUGUUUCAUAUAAUGCUAUUUCAAUAAUUUCAGAUGAUUUAUAUCAAUGUAAAUUAUUAGAAAAAUUAAAUUUAUCAUUUAAUCAAAUUAAUAAUAUUCAAUCAUCAUUUAUAGCACAAUUAAAAUUAUUAAAAGUAUUAAAUUUAUCAAAUAAUUUAUUAAGUCAAUUACCAAAUGAAAUUGGAUUUUUAAAUAAUUUAACAACAUUGAAUUUAUCAUUUAAUAAAUUACAACAGUUACCAAAAACCAUUGGUAGAUUAUCAUCAUUACAAAAGUUAAUUAUAAAUAAUAAUUGUUUACAAUUGUUACCUAAUGAAAUUGGUGAAUUGCUUGAAUUACAGCAAUUGGAUUGUGCAGAGAACGAAUUACGUAUACUACCAACCACAAUUGGUAAUUGUAAAUCAUUAACAAAGUUAUAUUUAGAUAAUAAUGAUUUCUUGGAGAUGAUACCAGAACUAGGUAACUUAAUGAAAUUAAAAGAAUUGAAUCUUCGUUCUAAUCAAUUGGUUGAUUUACCAUCAUCAUUCUCAAAAUUAAUUAAUCUUCAAAUAUUAGAUCUUGAUGAUAAUCAAUGGGAACAUACUGAUUACACUGUUAAUGAUAUACCACGUUUAUUACAAUAUUUAAGAUCAAAAAAAGAUGUUGUAAAUAAAUCAAGAAAAUCAACUUCAAAAGAAUAUCGUAGAACUUUAACUCGUCAAAAAAUUGAAGAUAAAAAAAGAUUAUCAAUUAAUAAUGUUUUUGAUAAUAGUUCUUUUCAAGUUGUUGAAUAUAAAAAGAAAUUAUUACAAUUAAAAGGUUUAAAUAGAAUUAUAGUUAAAAGGGUAGAGAUUGCAUUAUCAUCAUUAAAUAAUGAUAGUGUUUUUAUUUUAGAUGUUGGUAAAAGAAUUUAUUUAUUAAUGGGUACAACAUCGAAUCUAAGAGAGAGACAAAAAGGUUUACAUCUUUGUGGGUUAUUACAUACAGAGAGUGGUGGUGUUUCAGAUUUAGUUAUGGUUGAUCCAAAAUCAGCGAAAAAAGAAGAGUUGAUUGAUUUUUGGAAGGAAUUUGGCGGUGGUAAUAAUAGUACAAUGUUAAAGAUAAAGAAUAAAUCCGAUAUAAGUGAUAUGGAGAUGGAAGAGGAUGUAAUUUUACAAACUAAACUAUUUAAAUUUUAUGAGCCUGAAGAGGGUAGAUUGGAUAUUCAAGUUCAUGCUGGUGUAAUACUUUACAAAGCAAUGUUGGAUAGUAACAGUUGUGCAAUCUUAGAUACAGGUAACGAUAUCUACGUUUGGUCAGGUCUUUACAGUAGUAGUAAUGAAAAAUCUUGGUCAAUGUUAAAAGCUGAAGAAUUAAUCACUCGUGGUAAAAGAUCAGAAUUCUCAGAGAUUCAAUGGGUAGUCGAAGGUAUGGAAACUUUAUUAUUCAUUGAAAAUUUCGUUGAUUGGGUUGAUAACUCUUGGGAUCAAGAAUAUAUUAAAACUCAAACUAUCAUUAGAGAACAUGAAGAACAACAACGUAAAGAAGCUGAAAGUGAACGUUUAAGAAUGGAAAGAGAAGAAGAAGAAGAAAUGCAAAGAAUGAAUAGAAAAUCUGGUGAACAAAAACAAUUACAACAGCAACAACAACAACAACAGCAAGUUUCAUUCAUUGCAACUUCUUCACCAUCUUUAAAUGUAAAUUCACCAUUUACAACUGUUACACCACCAUCAUCUAUUGGUACUCCUCAAACUCCAUCUCCAAUUUCAACUAGUGGUAGUACUGUUGUUUUACCACCAAUUAAACCACAAACCACUACUACUUCAACAUUACCACCAACUGUUGUAUUACCACCAAUUAAUAAUAAUAAUAAUAAUUUAUCAGAGAGAGAAAAGAUUAAAGAAAGAGAAAAAGAAAAGAUUAGAGAAAGAUUAAAACAAAGAGAAGCAAGUACUUCUUCAAAUAAUUUAUUAACACCAACUAAUACAACUCCAACUAGUGUAUUAUUACCACCAAUCACUUCAAUCUCUCAACCAUCUUCUCCAGUUUUACCAAAGAUUGAAAAACAACAACCACCAACUGUUGUUACUCAACCACCAGUUUCAACUUAUAAACAUACUUUUAAUCCAGUACCACAACAAAAACCAGUGGAACCUGAAGUUGUAAUUCAAAAACCAGUUGAACCAGUUGUUGUAGUUCAAAAAACACCAGUUGUCCAACAACCACCAGUUUCAACUUAUAAACAUACUUUUAAUCCAGUACCACAACAAAAACCAGCUGAACCAGUUGUAGUUCAAAAACCAGUUGAGCCAGUUGUAGUUCAAAAACCAGGUGUUGAAGUUCAAAAAUCACCAGUCGUUCAACAACAACCAACAACAUCAACUUAUAAACAUACUUUUAAUCCAGUACCACAACAAAAACCAGCUGAAUCAGUUGUUGUUCAAAAACCAGCUGAACCAGUUGUAAUUCAAAAACCACCAGUUGAACCAGUUGUAGUUCAAAAAUCACCAGUUGUUCAACAACAACCAACAACAUCAACUUAUAAACAUGUAUUUAAUCCAGUACAACAACAACAACAACAAACUACUCAAUCUACAACAGUUAAACAACCAGAAAUACCAAAAGUUGUAGAAGAACCAAAGAAAGUAGAACCAACACCAACACCAAAACCAUUACCAAAACCAGAACCAACAAUUGUUAUUCCAACUCAAGUUAAACAACCAGAAAUACCAAAAGUUGUAGAAGAACCAAAGAAAGUAGAACAAGUUUCAAUUAUUAAAACUGAUGAAAAUGUUCAAACAUUAGCACCAUUACCAGAGAAAGCUGAAGGUGUUAAAAGACAAGCUGCAUCUAGAAAUCCAAUUAGAGCUAGACAAGAAAGAGCUGCUCAAGAAGAAGCAGAUGCAAAGAAAAGAUUGGAAGAACAAGCCAAAGCUAAUGCAUCAUCAACAACAACAACUGUAACAGUUACAAAUUCAAAACCAAAUGUUCAAUCAGCAUUAGGUGGAUUUGGAUUAUUAUAUUCAGUUGGAGCACCAGAUGAAACAAUGUUUAAAACAAGAGCUGAAAGAAUUCAAUCAGCAAUGGAUAAUUCAUCAUCAUCAAAUCCAUUCUCAUUAAAUCAACAACCAAAAGAUCAACCAAAACUAUUACAUAUCAAAGGUAGAAGAUCACCAUUUGUUAGACAAGUUGAGCUUUGUUAUCAAUCAUUGAAUAAAGGUGAUGUUUUCAUUUUAGAUUGUGGUAAAGAUAAGAAUUUACUCUAUCAAUGGAAUGGUUCAGAAUCAAAUCGUAUUGAAAAAGGUAAAGGUAUGGAUAUUGGUAAAUCCAUUAAAGAUAAGGAAAGAGUUGGUUGUCGUGUAAUCAUUGUUGAUGAAGGUAAAGAACCUGAAGAAUUUUGGAAGAUAUUAGGUGGUAAAGGUGAGAUUGCUUCAGCCGAUUCGGCUGGUGAUGAUAGAGAUGCUGAAUUAAACAUUAGAAAGUAUAUAACACUCUAUCGUGCACAAGCAAUCAAUGCUGAUAAAGAAUUGGAUUUAAUCCCAAUCGAAGGUAGAUUAUCAAAAUCAGUAUUGGAAGCUGAGGAAUGUUAUAUCUUAGAUUGUGUAAGUGAAAUGUUUGUUUGGACAGGUACAAACUCAAAAUUAAAAGUUAGAAAUAUGACCUUGAAAAUGGGUAAUGAAAUGUUUGCCGCCAGAGCCAAUAACUGUUGGACAAGUGGUGCUUGUCAUCGUGAAUUCCCAGGUAGUGAACAAGUAUUAUUCAAAGAGAGAUUCUCUGAUUGGGGUGGUUCAUUACCAAUCGCAAUGCAACAAGUACCAGUUGGUUUAAAUACUGCCACUGCAAAGAAACAAGAAAAGAUUUGUAUCGACACAAUGCAUAAACCAAAAGCAGAGAAAGAAGAGGUUAUGAUUGAUGAUGGUUCAGGUAAACUUACCAUUUGGCGUGUUGAAGAAUUUCAAAAGGUUCAAUUGGAUCCUUCAACCUAUGGUCAAUUCUAUAGUGGUGAUAGUUAUUUAGUAUUGUAUACUUAUUUCUUUAAGAAUAAAGAUAACUAUUUAAUCUAUUUCUGGCAAGGUAAAAAUAGUUCAAUCAAUGAAAAAGGUACCUCUGCUCUAUUGACUGUUGAAUUGGAUGAUUCUUUAAAAGGUAUGGCAAAAGAGGUUAGAGUCGUUCAAAAUAAAGAACCAAAACAUUUCCUUUCAGUUUUCAAAGGUAGAUUCAUAAUUCAUCAAGGUAAAGAUCCAUUAUCAAAGAAUUAUAAACCACCUUCAAAUCCAAAUGAACCAAUUCUUUAUCAUAUUCGUGGUACAACCGAUUUCAAUACUCGUGCAAUUCAAUCAAAACUUUCAACUCAAACUUUAAAUUCUUAUAAUUCCUUCAUAUUGAAUUCCACCGCAAGCAAUGGUACAAUCUAUAUUUGGUAUGGUAAAUUAUCAAAUCAAUUGGAAAGACAAUUCUCAAAGAAUAUCUCAUCGAAAUCUUUAAAUAGCAAUGGUAGAUCUAAAUUGGUUGAAUUUGAAGAAGGUAAAGAAUCUGAAGAAUUCUUUAAACUUUUAGGUGGUCGUCAACCAUAUCCAUUAUCAAAAACCACUUCAAGAGUUGAACCACGUCUUUAUCAUUGUACUGUUGGUUCUGGUGCUUUUGUUGUAGAUGAAGUCACUUCUUUUGCUCAAGAGGAUUUACUUCAAGAGGAUGUUUUCAUCGUUGAUGGUAUCGAACAAAUUUUCAUUUGGAUCGGUACUGAAACCACUGAAACUGAACGUAAAUCUUCAAUGGAAGUAGCAGUUGAAUACUCUUCAACUUUACCAUCACCAAGAAAACAAAAUAUUCCCGUCUAUCUCACUUAUCAUGGUAAAGAACCUUACAUUUUCACAAGCCUAUUCCAUGGUUGGGACUUUUCAAAGAGAGUCAUUCCAACUAUCUCUUUUGAUCAAGAUUUACUUUUAGCAAAGGAAAUAUUAGAACUUUAUACUAAAAAAUAUACAUAUGAUCAAUUAGUAAAGAAACAAUAUCCAAAAGGUAUAGAUGGUUCUCGUUUAGAAGAAUAUUUAUCUGAUGAAGAAUUCAUUUCAAUUUUCAAGAUAACUCUUGCUCAAUUUAAAACUUUAUCUUUAUGGAAACGUGAAUCUUGGAAAAAAGAAUUAAGAUUAUAUUAA